AUGAGUGUAAUGCUUCAAACCCCUUCUCGGGCAUCAACAGCCUCAUCUUCUUCUUUCCAACCAGUUUCUCGACAAAAUACCAUGUCUUCACACGAUGGGGCUCGCUCUGCCCGUCAAUCAAAGAGAUAUUCUAUGACUACUCUCUAUCUCUCCAUGUCUGCGAAUGAGAAGGAUUUGGAAAUUGAGGAUGAUCUUGCCAAAGCACAAAAGGUUCUACGAGAGCUCAAGUCGAAGAUUUCAUCACAAUCGAAGAAGAAUUUCGUGUUGGAGAAAGAUGUUAGGUAUCUGGAUUCGAGAAUUGCUUUAUUGAUUCAGAAUCGCAUGGCUUUGGAAGAGCAAAAUGAGGUAGCUAGUCACUUGGAAGAUGCGACCGACUUGCAAGAAGGAUUCUUCCCAAAUGACGAGAAGACACAAAAAUAUGGCAACCUUUUAUUUUUGCUUCAAUCAGAGCCAAGGCACAUUGCACAUUUGUGCCGCCUUGUCACUAUGGCAGAGAUCGAUUCUUUGCUGCAAACAGUCAUGUUCACCAUCUACGGAAAUCAAUAUGAGAGCCGUGAAGAACAUCUGCUCUUGACUAUGUUUCAGUCUGUCUUAACAUACCAAUUUGAUAACACGCCAGAAUAUUCCUCUCUCCUCCGUGCGAAUACGCCAGUCUCUCGCAUGAUGACAACAUAUACUAGAAGAGGUCCCGGGCAGAGUUAUUUGAAGACUGUAUUGGCAGACAGAAUCAAUGGACUUAUCGAGUUGAAGGAUCUCGACUUGGAGAUCAAUCCCCUGAAGGUCUAUGAAACAAUGAUUGCACAGAUUGAGCUGGAGACAGGAGGACUUCCGGCUUCCCUACCCAGAGGAGUAACAGCAGAGCAAGCGGCAGAUAACACACAGGUCCAGGCUAUUAUCGAACCAAGACUAACAAUGCUUAUGGAGAUUGCAAAUGGAUUCCUUACAACUAUUAUCGACGGGCUAGAGGAAACACCAUAUGGAAUUCGAUGGAUCUGCAAACAAAUUCGAAGCCUCACAAAGAGAAAAUAUCCUGAUGCCAACGAUCAAGUGAUUUGUACACUUAUCGGAGGGUUCUUUUUCUUGCGAUUCAUCAACCCUGCUAUUGUCACCCCUAAAUCAUAUAUGCUCAUUGAUGGAACUCCAGCCGAUCGACCUAGACGAACUUUGACCUUGAUUGCUAAGAUGCUUCAAAACCUCGCCAACAAACCCUCAUAUGCAAAGGAGCCAUAUAUGGCCAAACUUCAACCAUUCAUUCAACAUAACAAAGAACGAGUCAACAAGUUUAUGCUUGAUCUUUGUGAAGUUCAGGAUUUUUAUGAAAGUUUGGAAAUGGACAACUAUGUAGCAUUAUCUAAGAAGGAUUUGGAGCUAUCAAUUACCCUCAAUGAAGUUUAUGCUACUCAUGCCUUGCUCGAUAAACACACGGCCGAACUCAAUAAAGAUGAGAACUCACAUUUGGCAGUAAUCCUGGCCGAUUUAGGACCGGCCCCUGCACAACUACCCAGGAAAGACAACAGGGCUAUCAACUUGCCCCUGUUUAGCAAAUGGGAAACCGCGAUUGAUGAUUUGACUGCUGCACUCGACAUUACGCAAGAGGAAGUGUUCUUCAUGGAAGCCAAGUCGACAUUCGUUCAAAUUAUGAGAUCAAUUCCGAGCAACAGCGCUGUGGCGCGUAGACCACUUCGUCUUGAAAGAGUUGCUGAUGCGGCAGGUCAAUACCGAAAUGAUGCUGUCAUGGUGCGAAAAGGUAUUCGGGCAAUGGAAUUAUUGAGCCAGUUGCAGGAAUUGGGGGUCAUUGAUAAGUCAGAUCAAUUCAGCCUUUUGCGGGAUGAAGUUGAACAAGAACUCCAACAUCUUGGAUCACUUAAAGAUGGAGUUAUUCUCGAAACUCAAAAACUCGAUCAAGUUUUCAAGACCAUUCGAGAUCACAACACUUAUCUAGUCGGUCAACUCGAAACUUACAAAAGUUAUCUGCACAAUGUUCGAAGUCAAAGUGAAGGUACCAAGCGGAAACAACAAAAGCAUCAAGUCUUGGGUCCGUAUAAGUUCACUCAUGGCGAAUUGGAGAAACAAGGAGUUAUCCAGAAGAGCAACGUACCCGACAACAGAAGAGCCAAUAUCUACUUCAACUUUACCAGUCCUUUGCCCGGAACCUUUGUUAUCUCGUUACAUUACAAAGGACGGAAUCGCGGCCUACUAGAGCUUGAUCUGAAACUCGAUGACUUACUCGAGAUGCAAAAGGAUAAUCAAGAAGAUCUUGACCUGGAGUAUGUUCAGUUCAACGUACCAAAGGUUCUUGCUCUCUUGAACAAACGUUUCGCUAGAAAGAAAGGAUGGUAA